GUGAUCAGGUAGCAUUUGGCUUUUGAAGGUGUUUUGAUUUUGCAAGUCUGGACUGUUAAUUCUUGAGCCUUCGACCUUGUGUUCCUCCGGACUUACAGAUACCCAUCCAUUUUGUUAUGGAGCGUCCAGUCUCAACUCCUGCAGUGCACCGUCUACCGACCUAUGAGACGGUGAGCAAUGGCACAUAUUGGGUAACACCCAAAAAAGAACCAGAAAGCCCCCCAACAUCUCGUAUAGGCGACAUCAACUGUGAACCAAGCCCACGCUCCUUGUCAUACGAAAUGCUGGGAGUACAUGCCGAUGAGCCCGUUACCGCCGGAAUAAGAACUCCCCUGAACGGCUUGGCAGAAGUAGAUGAUAUCGGAAUGGGUUCACCAAGUGGAGGAUCUAAUGGUGCGUCUGAUAUGGUGCCCACAAAUAUUCAGACCGCAGCUGCAUCCUUUCCUGCCUUGCUGAACAUAUGGGCACGUUUCGCCACCGCGAAGCCGGUUGGGAGAUCUCCCAUAAGUGAAAUGCAAAGUGUACUGGAGUCUGUACCAGCAAGUUCAACUGUACAGGCAGGCGAUAAACUGUUUGCAGCUGUGGAUAAUGGACGAGUGUCCUUACGUAACAAUGAAGAACCGGUCACCUGCAGACCAGAGGGAUCCGGGCUGCUUGGUCGCACCGCUGCCGCUAUCCAUAAUGCGAACGAUGAAAUUAAACAGCGAGAGCUUUAUCAAUUACAGUUGGAGAUACUUGAGCACUCGGAGAAAGUGGAUCUAGUCGAAAAUCAGUUCAUUGAAGACAUGAAUGCCUCCUAUCAGCAUCAAGCUGAAAUUGCGAGAUUGGCUAACGAAUGUGAUUCUCUACGAGCGCGCAUUAUGAACUUGCAAAAAGAACUAGUCGAAAAAGAAGCCCACAAGCAGCGUGUAGACGGAGCAAGGAAUCAGCUUUCCCUAAAAUUGGCAAUGUCGAAGCAACAGUUGGGUGAAAUGAAAGCUGAAGCCGCAACAAAGCGUGCUGACCUACUGGCUCGAUUGAAAUAUGUCCAAAUUGGUCAAAAUGCGGGAGUUCAACCCCUUGGGAUAUCCAGCCUUGAAAAACAUACAGGCAUUCCAAACCAGUUGAUGUCCACCCUCAACUCAAAUGUGCUUGAUACAAGCAAACCCCCUUUGUCUAGUAAUGAAAUUGCGAUGCAGACUGAGGGAAAUGCUUCUAAUCGCGCGAUGUUACCCAUCUUGAAAAACAAGGGAGCUGCUGUUGAGAGCAGAUGGUCCCCGAUUUCGGAAAUUGAGACGGCACCAGAGGCACCUCUUGAAGAUGCUGUGCAAAAGCUUUUCGAAAGCAUAUCCCAGACUCCUAGAAGAUUAGGCUCUGAGCCGCAGGGUGAAAGCCGUACUGACGAGAGGCCUGUCGUAAUUUCGAUUAUAGAGAGAGAUACUGAUUCUUCGAAGCAGGCCUUGUCAGAAUCACGCGCUGUAACACCAACACGAGGCAACGACAACAGGCGUACGGAAAAGUCCCGUAGUCCCGAGAGGACUAGUGCAAAUCCCUAUUUGCUCGCAUCUGGAAAACGACAACGUGUAUGCCUACAUUGGAAUCGUGGCAACUGCAUUCAUCGCAAUUGUUACCAUUUGCAUCAAUGCGCUUAUUGCGGCUCGUCUGCCCAUACCUUUGUGGAGUGUGACAGGAAGGCACAAAUCUGUCUUCACUGGAACAAAAGUCAUUGCGACCUAAGCCGGUGCCCUCGUUUGAAUGUCUGUAUGAUUUGUCAUGGAGACCAUGGAAUGUUCGAGUGUCCUCAUAAAGACAAGGUCAAGCCAGAAAUGCCGGGCAGGAAGUAUACGGACUUUUGUCAAAACUGGAACUCGAGUGGACUUUGUGGCUUUGAUACCUGCAAACGAGUUCACCGAUGCAUAAAUUGCGGCGGUGCCCAUCCCAGCUUAGAUUGUCCGGUAGUUGUAACCCGUUAUGUGAAUCGGUCAGUCCCUCCACCGAUCGCGUACCCGGAAGAGAGCUUUGCAGCCGGGCGACGAAGUCCCGCACCCCGUUCGCGGCAGCAUACGUCUGACAGUGCGACAAUGGACGUAGGUAGUCAUCGCAAGCGUGGCCGAUAUGAAGGGGAAACUGGCGAACGCGAAGGUCGGAACAAGAAGUUCAAAAUUCAAUUGCAAGAAACCACACCACGCAAGUUUAAGCAAAGCGUGCCUGCCAUCAAUGCUGUUCCGCAAAACGGAAGAACAUGCCACUAUUGGAAUAAUAACAAAGGAUACUGUAGAAACGGCAGUCAGUGCCGCUUCCUUCAUACAUGCGAAACAUGUGGCUCGCAUGAGCAUUCUGCAACAGUCUGUUCGAUCGUCGCCUCCUGAUCACAGCGGGUUGCGUAGGACGAUAGGACGUGUUAUAUAGCUGUAUCAUCACAUUGUACUUAGGUUGGCUGACAAGCACAUUCUGAAGCCGUAAAUGUAGUCACUCAUUUGAGUAUGCAUCUAUUCAAACCGGACCAAUUGUCGUCAGCUAUUUGC